GGAAGUUGGUUGCUAGUCUGGACUUCCAUUCUCAACGACAGUACAUCUGGUGCUAUUUUCCCCAGCUGCUACUUUACGCGGAACGUCGUGCAGAGGAACCCAACCAUCAUCGGCGGAGGACAGAGUGGCUCCUCGCUGACAGGUCGAGAACUCUCACGGCUCACCCCGGACAUUCUUACACCUCCUUUCUCUUCCUCCCACUAUUAACGUCCAUUUGGCUUCCCUUUUUCAUAUUCAUCUCCUCCCCAGUCCGUUCUUUCGGGCGCUGUUUUUACUUCUCUUCUUUCUUGCCUUGGUCGUCUGCUCCGUGCGGCACGGACUUUUCUGCCCGGCCCUCCUGAAUAAAUCAUUCCAUCGUCGUCGGUCGGAGAGUCAAAUCGAUCUCGUGCCGAACAGAGGUUGUCAACGUCGCCGUACUUCUCUCAGAGAUUACAUCCCGUUCUGUCCCGGAUUGCGACCGGUUAACGUCAUCUCGAGUUAAACACCCACCGGUCGCUCGUCCUUACCGAUUCUCCAUCUCCCACGAACCACAAAGACUGGUCUUUGCGUUGGGCGUGUCAGCUUGAAACGGGGGCUUAGGGGGAUAAUCUGGUCGCCGUUGCCGCCAUCACCGUCGCAUUAUUCGACGCCUGAUCGUUUACCUCCGAUAUCUUACCUUCUUCCCUUCCGUCUCAUACCUGUUGCUCGCAGGUAUUAUUUAUUACUAACAGGGUCGGGACUUGGGUUAAUUAGGAACCCGAAACAUGCUACUUCCCAAGGGUGGAGUAACGUGGAAGUCGGCCAAGGCUAGGUUACCGCCAUGGAAGGCCAUUCUUGUGCUUCUGACGCGGACGAGAUUCCUGGUCUCUUUAGCGGUUACCGGUCUAGUGAUUUUGCUAUGGCGAGGGAUUAGCAAGUCGGCUUCCGAGAUGCAAAAUUUCUAUUGCUACGGCUCGUCAAAGUCGCCGAUGCAAAUGUCCAUCAAUGAGAUGGUUGAAUGGAAUGCGCAUCUUCAAACUCCUGUCAUCUUCAACCACCACGAGCCUUACGAGAUCAACUCUAGCACUAUCUCUAACGUCGAUCUCAACCCUAUCCAAUCGACGUCGAAAGCUGCUUUGAAUCAGGAGCGAGUCCUUAUUCUAACACCACUACGGGAUGCCGCUGCUUAUCUUCCCAAGUACUUCGACCUGCUCUACAAGCUGACGUAUCCUCAUGAGUUAAUUGAUUUGGCUUUCCUUGUCGGUGACUGUUCGGAUGACACUUUGGCAGUUCUUUCUUCCGAGUUGAAGCGAGUUCAGGACCAGGUGGAAGAGAAGAUUGCCUUUCGCAGUGCGCUGAUUGUGCAGAAGGACUUUGGAUCGAAUGUUGCGAUGGAGGUUAACGACAAGCACGCAUAUGCCGUUCAGGGAGAACGUCGUAAGGCGAUUGCCAGGGCCCGCAACUACCUUCUAUACACAGCUCUCAAGCCUGAUCAUUCAUGGGUCUACUGGAGGGACGUUGAUAUUGUUGACAGCCCAGAAGCUAUUAUUGAGGAUUUUACAGCUCAUGACAAGGAUGUUCUCGUCCCAAACAUUUGGUUUCAUCGCUACGAGGAGGGUCGCGAUAUUGAAGGCCGAUUUGACUACAACUCAUGGAUCGAAUCAGACAAGGGCCGAAGACUACGUCAGUCUCUCGAUCCUGACACGAUCCUGGCCGAAGGCUACAAAGAGUUCGAUACUGGGCGUACCUAUCUUGUUAGUAUGGGUGACUGGAGGAAGGACAAAGAUGAAGAAAUCGAACUUGAUGGGGUUGGUGGUGUGAACAUCGUCGUUAAAGCGGAUGUCCAUCGAUCAGGGGUCAAUUUCCCGGCGUACUCCUUUGAGAACCAAGCAGAGACCGAAGGAUUCGCUCGUAUGGCCAAGCGAGCUGGAUACAAGGUCGUUGGCCUUCCCAACUACAUUGUCUGGCAUAUUGACACUGAGGAGAAAGGUGGCAACCUGGGGAAUCGCAAAGCUUAUUAAUACAGAUUCCGACUCAUUUACUUAUGGCCGGUUCGCUAUUCGGGGUUCAAUAGAGUAAUCCUUGAACAUGGAACACCCUAUUUCACCACUACAUUCCGGCUUUUCCCAAUCUCUCACCUACUCCUUCUCGGUGGAUUUCUUGUCCCAAUUGGGCCUUUUCAUAGGAUUCCUGCUAUUAUCUGUUUGCUUUUUUCGGAAGGGUAUGGUCGAGACGGGAACGCCGAUGAUUCCGGUAAUCUUUACGUGUCCGCGACCUUGGGAUGUUAUUCUACGCCUCACUUUCUGUUUUCUUGGGCGUAUGCAGGGAAGAGCGCGUUCAGUGUUGUUGAGCAUUGAUAGACAUGGGGAUUUUCCUUCUUUUUUACUUUUCUUUUAUGGCACUAAAAAAACGAGGAGUUUGUUGCAUCAUCUCCCUUCUCUUCAAGCCAUAAGGGGCUCGUUUUAAUGAGCAAGUUUACAUCAGCCUAUAUGUACUUUUCUUCUUGCUUCUUUUUUUUUUUUUUUUUUCUCUCCCUCUUGUGUUUCUUGUGUAUAUCAAUUUCUAAUUGUCCUUUUUGCCAUCUCUUUCUGUUUUCCCUUCUUUACACCCCAGUGUCUUUUUCAACCCUUAAUGCGCCUGGACGCUUUACGAUAUAUCAUGUGUCUGUUCAUUGUCUCACUACCUGCAUGGUUUCACUACAAGGGAGCCGUGUACCCCUCAUGCAAUGCAAUCUUGGGAAUCUUGCAUGGAAUAAGGGGAAAGAGAACAAAACAAACAACCAGUUGGGAAGUUUCCUCUCGGGUAGGGAUGAGAGCGGAGUUGAGGAUGAAAUCAUUAAAACAGUCCAUCUAUCUAUCUGAUUGAUUUGAUUGUCUCUGGUGUGGUUGCUUGCUUAGGUACUAUCUCUGUAUUGUAUAUAUUUUUAGGUAUUUGGGGUUAGCUUGCUGGCUAUUGCACAAUCUAGGAGUGUUGCAGUUUCUUUUCUAUAUGUACAUAUAGAUACUCCAGGUGUCAUCCACAUGUCCCAGUACUACUAC